GAUAUACUAAAAUCAGCUCUUGAUCGGCCGUUAUAUAAUCAGCUCCUGUUUUAGAAUCUAUAUAUGUACAAAAAGAUAUGGCUUUCAAAGCUGCGCUCCUGUUACUUGUCACUAGUCUUUUGGUGACUUCAACGGUUUCUGAUCACCCAUUGAAAUGGGAUAUUGAAGACGGAGUGGGUGCAAUUGUGGGGGGCAUUACUGGUGGCGCGUUGCAAUAUGGAGGACAUGGUGAUGAUUAUGCUGAUGAACCUCCGCCGCCACCUCCACCCCAAAAAACACCGCCACCGGCUCCAGUGAAGUCACCAUCACCGACUCCGACAUCCCGAGGGAAUGCACCGGCUCCGGCACCUCAAGCAAAUGCACCGGCUCCGGCACCCCAAGCAAAUGCACCGGCUCCCCCACCUUGAAGGAGUACACCGGCUCCGGCACCCAGAGCA